AUGGCUGCUCGUCCCGUUGUUUCCGUCUUUGGCCUUAACGGCUCCAAGCUCGAGGCUACCGUGCCCCUGCCCGCUGUCUUCACCGCCCCCAUCCGCCCGGAUCUGGUCCAGUUUGUUCACAAGAACAUGGCCAAGAACCGUCGCCAGGCCUAUGCCCCCAAGCAGCAGGCUGGUGAGGAGACCUCCGCCGAGUCGUGGGGUACCGGUCGCGCUGUUGCCCGUAUCCCCCGUGUCAGCGGUUCGGGUACCCACCGUGCUGGUCAGGCCGCCUUCGGUAACAUGACCCGUGGUGGUCGCAUGUUUGCCCCUAACAAGGUCUGGCGCAAGUGGCACAUUCGCACCAACUCGAACCAGAAGCGUUACGCUACUGCUUCGGCUGUUGCCGCCACUGGUGUUUCGUCCCUGGUUUCGGGCCGUGGUCACCGCAUCAGCAACAUUGAGGAGGUUCCCCUUGUUAUUGCCGCUGAGGCCGAGUCCCUCACUAAGACCAAGGAGGCCGUUGAGCUCCUCAAGGCCCUCAAGGCCUACGCUGAUGUUGCCAAGGUCAGCAACACCCGCUCGAUCCGUGCGGGUCGCGGUAAGAUGAGAAACCGUCGCCACCGUCAGCGUCGUGGUCCCUUGGUUGUCUUUGCCCAGGACAAGGGUAUCAGCCGCGCCUUCCGCAACCUGCCUGGUGUUGAGCUGGUUGACGUCACUCGCCUGAACCUGCUCCAGCUUGCUCCCGGUGGUCACCUCGGCCGCUUUGUCAUCUGGACUCAGCCCGCCUUUGAGGCCCUUAACAAGGUCUUCGGCACCCAGACCGAGGUCUCCCAGCAGAAGAAGGGCUACACCCUCCCCGCUCCCCUCAUCAACAACCCCGAUGUGUCCCGCAUCAUUGCCUCGAGCGAGGUUCAGGCUGUUGUCCGCCCCGCCGGCCCCCGUGUCACCAAGCGCCCCUUCACCCAGAAGAAGAACCCCCUGCGCAACACCCAGGUUCUCGUCCGCCUCAACCCCUACGCUCAGGUUCUCCGUCGCGCCGAGCUUUUGGGCAAGAACAAGAAGGCUGCCAAGACCGCCAAGGUCAACCACAAGAAAUCCGCCUCGAAGAAGUUCCUGGACAUCCUCAAGGCCGAUUAA